AUGGCUCCAAAGGUUGAUCCUGAAGCUAUUCCCACGGUGCUUACUGAGAAUCAGAUGAAGAUCCUUGUCUUCAUGUGGGCUCAAGUUGACCCUGACCCCAACGCUUCUAUCGUGGAUAGUCAUAAGAUUGCAAAUGACCAUGGACUCGCUUAUAACUCAGUUCGCAAGUGGGUAGCAACCAUUCGCAAGACGAUUCGUGCCAGCGUCGAAGGUGGCGCCGGUGACGAUGCCUCUCGCAAGGCUAAAAGUGAUCCUAAAGCCAAGGUCAUAGGAGGUAGCAAGAAGCGCAAAGAUGCUGAAAUCAAACAUGACGAAGCAUCGGAGGAAGACAAAGAGGGUCCGCCUACCAAGAAAGCAAAGAGCAAAGUUCGCGGAAGGAAGAAAACCCCUGCUACUGACUCGCCGGAACUUGGUGGAGAAGCAAGUGGAGAAGCUUAG